GCUUAAGCUGCUGAGCUGAGUCAAACGGCUGUCUUCUGGCUUAGUUUAAGGUUAAAAUAGAAACUCUUCGCCGUGGUUUUGUUUCUUUAAAAAGUAUUAACAUAGAAGUCAGGUCGGUUUGUGAGCUCUCAAGUGUGGUUGUUCUUGACUGAGAAAGUGUCGUUUCCUGUUCCGGAGUCUUUGUGGGGAGUUGGCUGUCUGUCGUUUUUUCUGCGGUUUCAAAGGAGAUAAAGGCUGAUAAGAUGGCGGACUGUGUCUCAAAGGUGGAGCUGACCGUCUCCUGCUCUAACCUGCUGGAUAAAGAUGUCGGAUCGAAGUCGGACCCUCUGUGUGUGCUGCUGCAGGGCACGGGAGGAGAUAAAUGGACUGAGCUGUGUCGUACCGAGCGUUUGAUGAACACCGACAAUCCAUCCUUCAGUCAGCGCCUCAGACUGGAUUAUCACUUUGAGACUGUGCAGAAUCUGAAGCUGGGGGUUUACGACAUCGACAACAAGAGCGUCGACCUCGGCGAUGAUGACUACCUGGGAGGGGUGGAGCUAACACUGGGACAGAUAGUUGCCAGUAAAUCUGUGUCCAGACCUCUGCAGCUGAAGAAAGGCAAACCAGCCGGGAAAGGAACCAUCACUGUCACAGCAGAAGAGAUAAAGGAUAAUAGAGCCAUUGAGUUGGAGAUGGAGGCUAAAAAGCUUGACAAGAAGGAUAUGUUUGGAAAGUCUGAUCCAUUCCUGGAGUUCUUUAAACAAGGUGCUGAUGGAAAGUGGCAGCUGGUCCACAGAACAGAGGUGGUGAAGAACAAUCUGAAUCCCACCUGGAAGAAGUUCACCAUUCCUCUUCAGACGUUCUGCAGCAGCGACCUCGACAAAACUCUGAAGGUGAAUUGUUCUGAUCAUGACAGCGAUGGAUCUCAUGAUCUGAUCGGUUCUUUUGAGACUAAAGUGUCCGAGCUGUUGAAAGCUGCUGAUUCAAGGACUGAGUUUGACUGCGUCCAUGCUGAGAAACAGAAGAAGAAGAAGGGCUACAAGAACUCUGGAGUCGUCAGUGUGAAGAGCGCCAAGCUGAUGACUCAGCACUCCUUCCUGGACUUUGUGAUGGGCGGCUGCCAAAUCAACUUCACAGUGGGGAUCGACUUCACCGGCUCGAACGGUGAUCCUCGCUCACCCAACUCUCUCCACUACAUGAGCACAGAUGGGCUAAACCAGUACCUGACUGCUCUGUGGUCUGUGGGUCAGGUGGUCCAGGACUAUGACACUGAUAAGUUCUUCCCAGCUUUCGGUUUCGGAGCCAAACUGCCUCCAGACUACCAGGCUGCAAACCAUGAGUUCGCCCUCAACUUCAACCCCUCUAACCCUCACUGCCAAGGUAUCGAGGGGAUAGUUGAAGCCUACAGGAUGGUUUUGCCUCAGCUGAGACUCUCUGGACCGACAAACUUCUCUCCCAUCAUCAAUCACGUCGCUUCCAUCGCCGCCACCGCUGCACAGACCAACAGCGCCUCUCAAUACUACGUCCUCCUCAUCCUCACUGACGGCGAGAUCACCGACUUGGACCAGACCCGAGACGCCAUAGUUCGGGCGUCGCGGCUGCCGCUGUCAAUCAUCAUCAUUGGCGUGGGGCCAGCGGACUUUAAGGCCAUGGAGCUUCUGGAUGGAGACGACGGCGUGCUGAGGUCGACGACAGGGGAAGCCAUUACCAGAGACAUCGUCCAGUUUGUUCCAUUCAGACAGUUCGAAAAAGCUCCCACGGCAUCUCUGGCUCAGUCUGUCCUCGCUGAGGUUCCCAAUCAGGUGGUGUCUUAUUUCAAAAUGAGAGGCCUCGAACCACUUAAACCACAAGCUGCUGCUCCCAAAUCCUAAACCCUGCCCUACAUACCCACACUCCCCCACCUCCCAGCUCCAGCCUCCCACCAUCACCUCAUUCCAGGAUCAGACCACGGCCCUCAGCUUUGGCCUCACCCACAAAAUCAACCACUUUUCAAGGACCAACCUAAUGUGUCGCUGGAAUUUCAGCCAAUCACAAUGCAGCAAUUAGCUGUCAGCCAAUCAUAAUGCCAAGAGCAAUCAUUCACAUUUUUUUUGUUAUCAGUUUUAUAAUCAGUUUGUUUUCUCUGAUUUUCCUCUUCACUAAGUGGAAUGAUAAUAAUGCUGUGUAUAUUAUUGAUUCCUCCUGCUGCUUCCACACUAACUAUGCAAGUCACGUGUUUAUAGACGUGUUCAACAGUCACAGAGCCACACACACACACACACAUACACACUCCAUUGUGGUUGCCAUAGUAACAUAAGACCACUAACUUCCUGAGAGCUGAACAUGAUGUGUAGAAACAGUAUUUAAAUGACAAAGCAUUUGUAGAGAGAAGUUUUUCCAUUCACUUCAACACAUUUUUCUAUCACAGCAGCAUCUGACAUUAAACAUACACAGACAUUAAGCCAAUGGUUUCCAGGUUACCAUGGUGAUACUGCACCCAGGACCAGCUCUACAUGAGUGUGUGUGGCUCUCCUUGCACUUUGCUCUUUUCACUAAAAUGCUGGAAAAUAUAUAUUAUGAAUGUUAUAGACGUUAUCAUAGCUUUACUACUAUAUAGCCUUAUAAUACACUUUACUCUAGCCUUAAUGUAGUUGUUAGUGUAGUCUGUGUGACUUCAACACAACACUCAGCUGCUUCCAGACUCUUCUGUCAUGACUCUCAGUGGUUUUUUUGAUGCAGCCAUUUUGCCUCCCAGCUCAGAACUAAUUUCUGCCAUCAUGUUGGGUUCAACCUGUGUUUCCUAAAAUAAAGACGAGCCGUUUGACCUUUUUUAAAAUACCAAAACUGAUGACCUGUGACAUUCAUGUUUCAUAAAUUAUGUUGGAGGCAGGACAAGCAGGCCAUCAUGUCAUCAUCAGUUAAUUUUUUCAGCCUGUAUCAAAGAACUGCAUCGCUGUAACGCAGACCUGAACAGACUUGAUCUGUUAAUAUGAAAUAUAGUCAGCGGUGCCUGCAGUAUCUGUCUGAACUCAGCUCGUCAACGUUAAGUGGUCACAUAAAGUCCACAAACGGAUGCUGACUGUGUAUGCAUAAAAACGGCAGCACACAGACAUUCAUACAUUUCUCAGAAAAAUUUAUGACAUACAAAUUACAACAUUUAUGUCACCGCUGUGAGGAUGCAGAAUGUAUAAUUUGGGCUUCAGGGAACAGAUUUACUAAUUGAUUGCACUGUUGGAGACAAAACUCACACAAAGACAGCAGCAAAAGACAAACUAAAGCAACAAUCAUGAAAGAAACAUGAAAUACAAAGUCGAGUGAAGUCAGGUUUACAGAACACAGUUUUGGUUCUAACAGUAGAGGCUCAGAGCAAAGUGCCUUAGUGAAUGAACCCUCUGACACAAACACUUUUUGUAUGCAGGGAGCCAACAUGGUCGCCUCAAUAGUACAGUAAUGAUACUGCGUUCAGGUCAUGUGGAAGUUGCAGUAAAUAUGUUCAGUAUCCAAGUUAGACGUUAUUCCCCCUGGGCCGCACAAACUGAGGUAAAGAUGCAUCCAUUACAAGCACUUAAUGAAUUUAUGAGGACAGUCCAGCAGGUAAUAAAUCAACGUCUGAACACACUUUUAGACUAGCAAUUAAGAGCACUUGCGGUCUCUAUCUUGAGCUAACCAGUGAUGUAAGCACUUAGAAGUCGUAACCACGGUAACGCACCACCCCAAAUGACCUGAAUACAGUGUCUUGCAUUGCCAAGCAACAGCAUCACACUGAGAGUCUGUCCGAAUGUCUGCUCUGUGUAUGUACCAAAGACUAACUCCUGAUUGACACAUUGCCUCACCUCCACCAGAGGUAGGAUAAACAUUGCUACAGCAAAGCCACAGUGAAUGUUGUUAAAAAGCAUUGCUGACUAAAGAGUUACCGCCAACAAUCUGCAGACACUUUAAAUUGAGACCACUUUUAAAAAUAAUCUAUUUUUGCUGCAGAAAUGAUAUAAAUAAAAUUGUCAGAGAUGUAAUUUUGGGCUUUUUUCAGGGGCCAUUUUUUUUCAUAGUCAUAUUUCUGUAUUAUAUAUCUGUAAUCGCUGAGGUUAGUUUUAACUUCAUUAAAGAAGGUCAUGCUUCAUAUUUUGGGAACACUGUAAUAAAACAAUCUUUAUAAUAACCUUUUUGUUGUUUACAAAUACAAUUGUAAAGUGCUCUCACAGUCUCAGGUUCAAUUAACUGGUAACCAAUUAACACAUCAGUGAAACACCAAAUAACUUGGACAAGAAACUAAAAGACCAAACAACACCUGAACAAACUCUAUGUCCUGGAAGACUGUGAGAUGUGUUUGAAAGCUCUGAAAAAAUCUAGUUGGGAUGAUUAUUUUGUUGUGUAUUUUUAGUUGAAGCAGUGUUUUAUGUUUGCCAUCCAUCUCUCGCCUGUUUGGUGCCAACAGUGUCUGCUGCUUCAGACGGUGUGAUUUGUUGUCAUUCUGUCAAAUUUGCUCCAGUUUUCUCUCCAAGAAAACAACAAUGCAGAAAUCUGAGAAAUAUAAAAUCUGAUGUUUGGAAUUGAAGAGUCUGGAUUUGUCCAACGUUCAGGAGAAUAAUAUCUUCAUCUGUUUACUUCAGUGUUUCCCAACAUUUUGGCCCUCUAAACAAAACCAUUUCUACUGGUAAACAAUGAAUUCUUGUUGACUUGGUCACAUAUUAACAUAUCAACAAACUUAUCUCCUGUAUCAACAGUAGUGACCAGUUAAACUGAAGAAAGAAUGUCUUUUUUGUUUUAUUUGAAUACACUUUCAGAGGCUAAGAGACAUAAAAUGAUGUAGUCAUUCACAAGAUCAAGUCUGAAAACAUAUUUCUUUGCUUUAAUCAUCAUACUCACUACCCCCAAACACUUCACAGGUCUCUAUAGAAAACAAAUGUAACAAUUAAUACUUUCAGCUUCCUUAUUUUAAACACAAACCUUUAAAAUACAAAACGUCUAUCAAUUUUUUUCCAAAAAAAAACGUACGAACUACUUUCUGAAAUUCAUAUAGACCAUUUAGAAAGAAAAAAGCCUAGCAAUCUCCUGAUGAAGACCAUGACAUGCACUUGAAAGCACUAGUAAAAAGCUCAUGUGAUUUUGAUGCCAAACAACAACAUAUUCUGUUGAUGGAUGUUCGUCUCUUUACAUUUAUAUCUCCGCCAUCUUCUUUGCUUGUUUUCUUCUUUGUUGCCAGAAACGUAUUAUAUCUGUGUUCUAGUUGAAGGGAAUUUUUUGUCAUAUAUGUGGUAUAUAAGGUGCUUCGGAUUUUAAGAUUUCAGCCAAAAUAUCUUUUAAACAGAAAAUUACUGAAGUUAAAUGAAUGUAAUCUGGAUAUCAUGACGGAAAUCAGCUGGAUAUUAUGUAUGUCAGUUUAAUUUUAGCUGUGUGGUCACAUGGUACUGUGAUGUCAUUGAGUGUGGGAGAAAUGUUGGCCAAAUUUCCAAAAGCUGCUGUCACUCAGACCAUCAGGGAUGAAAAUCUGCUGAUUGAAAAUGAGAAAAAAAUCUUGCCUUGAUAAAGAACUACACCUCACAUAGUGCUUUGCUCCACAUGUGCUUCAGCUUGCUGUAAUGAAAGUUUAACCUCUUUCACACCUGUUUUCAUAACUAAUGGCUCAAACUGGUUGAUCCACAGCAUGAAGUGACCACCAGCUCCACUGCUCACUUAAACAGUUAACUGCAAUUAACUAACCAGUGAAACUAACCAUUAUAACCAGUAACAUCAUGUCUGUAUGAAUGCUGCCUUAGAAUUCAAUAAAGAAAAACCCACAUGUU